CCCUCGCCCUUUUCGCUAGUGGUUUGGGAGGAGGAGACAGCGAGAGAAAAGCGAGAGGAGAGAGGGGCUUGGCCGUGCGUCGGCGUCGGCUGCUAUGGGGAGCUGGGAGCAGCGAGGCGGCGAGCAGUAGCGGCAGCGGCGGCAGCUCGGAGCAGACGCGGGAGCCAGCACUCAAACCGGCAGGCUGCGCUGUGAUCUGGGCUGCGGAUUGGGAUCUCGCGCCCCCGUCCCCCGCCUCCUGCUGCCGUUCUCCUCCUCCCGGCUCCCCUCCUCCGCCUGCGAGCCCCCGCAGCGGCGGCGGCUGCGUCCGGGCGCCGAGCGCCUCUGCUCGCGGAUCCAGUCCCGGAGAGAGCGCGGCGGGCACUGCGGCGGCAGUGGCCGGGUGGCCGGCUCGCCCUGGGCUGGAGCUCCCGGAGAGGAAGACCACGGGGAAAACGCCUGCUGGAGCUGUGGAUCGCCGGUGGAGGCAAGGGAUGGAGAUAUAAUGUGAUGGAUGUAACUAUGGGGUGCUGUGUGGGUACACGGCCUCCUCCUCCUUGCCUCAUCCUCCUGCUUCUCAAGCUGUUGGCCACUGUCUCCCAGGGGCUGCCGGGGACUGGGCCCCUGGGCUUCCACUUCACACAGUCCGUUUACAAUGCUACCGUGUAUGAGAACUCAGCAGCAAGGACCUAUGUCAACAGCCAAAGUAGAAUGGGCAUCACCUUAAUAGAUCUGUCCUGGGAUAUCAAAUAUAGAAUAGUGUCUGGAGACGAGGAAGGCUUUUUCAAAGCAGAGGAAGUCAUCAUUGCAGAUUUCUGUUUUCUCAGAAUAAGAACUAAAGGUGGCAAUUCUGCCAUACUCAACAGGGAAAUUCAGGACAAUUAUUUAUUAAUAGUAAAAGGUUCUGUCAGAGGAGAGGAUUUGGAAGCGUGGACCAAAGUGAAUAUACAGGUUUUAGAUAUGAAUGACCUGAGGCCUUUAUUUUCCCCCACAACAUACUCUGUUACAAUAGCAGAAAGCACACCUUUAAGGACUAGUGUUGCCCAGGUGACAGCUACGGAUGCAGAUAUCGGUUCCAAUGGAGAAUUCUACUACUACUUUAAAAACAAAGUUGAUCUCUUUUCAGUUCACCCCACAAGUGGUGUCAUCUCCUUAAGUGGACGGUUAAAUUAUGAUGAAAAGAAUAGAUAUGAUCUGGAAAUUUUGGCUGUGGACCGGGGGAUGAAACUCUAUGGGAACAAUGGAGUGAGCAGUACAGCAAAGCUCUAUGUUCACAUUGAACGUAUAAAUGAGCACGCCCCGACUCUCCAUGUUGUCACACAUGUUCCUUUCCUGCUGGACAGAGAGCCGACGUAUGCAGUGGUGACAGUCAAUGACCUAGACGAGGGGGCCAAUGGAGAGAUUGAAUCUGUUUCCAUUGUGGCUGGGGAUCCUUUUGAUCAGUUCCUCCUGGCCAAGGAAGGAAAGUGGAUAAACGAGUACAGAAUUAAGGAGAGAAAGCAGGUAGACUGGGAGGGCUUUCCCUAUGGCUACAAUCUCACUCUUCAAGCCAAAGACAAAGGGUCGCCUCAGAAAUUUUCAGCUAUAAAGAUAGUCCACAUUGCCAACCCCAAAAGAGACACUGUCCCAAUUAGAUUUGAAAAAGAAACGUACGAUGUGAGCAUUAGUGAAUUUUCCCCUCCUGGUGUCAUGGUUGCUAUAGUAAAAUUAAGUCCUGAACCAUUAGAUGUGGAAUACAAAUUAUCUCCUGGGGAGGAUGCACAGUACUUCAAAAUUAAUCCCCGGUCCGGUCUGAUUGUCACAGCACAGCCACUGAAUACUGUUAAGAAGGAGGUUUAUAAACUGGUGGUGACAAACAAGGAAGGAGAUUUAAAAGCACAAGUCACCAUCGGCAUAGAAGAUGCGAAUGACCACACCCCAGAAUUUCAGCAGCUGUUGUAUGAUGCUUUUGUAAAUGAAAGUGUUUCAGUGGGCACGAGCGUUCUGAUGGUUUCAGCUUCUGAUAAAGAUAAAGGAGAAAAUGGAUACAUCACCUACAGUAUUGCCAGCCUGAAUUUGUUACCAUUUGCCAUUAACCAGUUUACAGGUGUUAUUAGCACAACUGAAGAACUGGAUUUUGAAUCCUCACCAGAAACUUACAGGUUUAUUGUAAGAGCCUCUGACUGGGGUUCACCAUACCGCCAUGAAAGUGAGGUGAAUGUGACUAUUCGAAUAGGAAAUGUCAAUGACAACAGCCCUCUCUUUGAAAAAGUGGCUUGCCAAGGAGUUAUUUCAUAUGACUUUCCAGUUGGGGGUCACAUCACAGCUGUCUCAGCAAUUGAUAUUGAUGAACUUGAACUUGUAAAGUAUAAAAUCAUCUCUGGAAAUGAACUUGGUUUCUUUUAUUUAAACCCAGAUUCUGGUGUUUUACAGCUUAAAAAGUCACUGAUGAAUUCUGGCAUUAAAAAUGGUAAUUUUGCCCUUAGGAUUACAGCAACCGAUGGAGAGAAUUUUGCAGAUCCUAUGUCUGUUAACAUUUCGGUCCUACAUGGGAAGGUGUCUUCAAAGAGCUUCAGUUGCAGAGAAACUCGUGUGGCUCAGAAGCUGGCAGAGAAACUACUCAUUAAAGCAAAAGCAAAUGGAAAACUGAAUCUGGAAGAUGGAUUUCUUGACUUUUAUUCAAUUAAUAGGCAAGGACCACAUUUUGACAAGUCAUUUCCUUCUGAUGUUGCUGUGAAGGAGAAUCUGCCAGUUGGAGCUAACAUCCUAAAGAUCAAAGCCUAUGAUGCUGACUCUGGUUUCAAUGGAAAGGUGUUAUUUACAAUAUCUGAUGGAAAUACAGAUAGUUGCUUUAAUAUUGAUAUGGAGACCGGGCAGCUCAAAAUCCUUAUGCCUAUGGAUCGAGAGCACACAGACCUCUAUCUUCUUAAUAUCACAAUCUAUGACUUAGGUAAUCCACAGAAGUCAUCAUGGAGGUUGCUGACCAUCAAUGUGGAGGAUGCUAAUGAUAAUAGCCCGAUUUUCCUUCAGGACAGUUACUCAGUUAACAUUCUUGAAAGCUCAAGUAUUGGUACUGAGAUUAUUCAAGUGGAAGCCAGAGACAAAGACUUGGGUUCUAAUGGUGAAGUGACCUAUUCAGUCUUGACAGACACACAGCAGUUUGCCAUCAAUAGCUCAACUGGAAUCGUUUAUGUAACUGACCAACUGGACCGGGAAACUAAAGCAAACUACUCUUUAAAAAUAGAAGCCAGAGACAAGGCAGAGAGCGGCCAGCAGCUAUUUUCAGUUGUCACUCUUAAGGUUUUUUUGGAUGACGUCAAUGACUGCUCCCCAGCUUUCAUCCCCAGUAGCUAUAGUGUGAAGGUUCUAGAAGAUCUCCCAGUGGGCACUGUCAUUGCUUGGUUGGAGACCCACGAUCCAGAUCUUGGACUAGGGGGUCAAGUGCGCUAUUCUCUGGUCAAUGACUAUAACGGGAGAUUUGAAAUAGAUAAAGCAAGUGGUGCCAUUCGCUUGAGCAAAGAGCUUGACUAUGAAAAGCAGCAGCUCUAUAAUCUCACUGUUCGGGCCAAAGAUAAAGGGCGACCUGUCUCUCUGUCAUCUGUUUCCUUUGUUGAGGUGGAAGUAGUGGAUGUUAAUGAAAACCUCCAUAGUCCCUAUUUCCCAGACUUUGCUGUUGUUGGAUCUGUAAAGGAAAACUCACGUCUUGGAACAAGUGUGCUGAAGGUGACUGCCCAAGAUGAGGACACCGGGAGGGAUGGAGAGGUCCAGUACUCCAUAAGGGAUGGCAGCGGCCUCGGAAGGUUCAAUAUAGAUGACGAGAGUGGGGUCAUCUCUACGGCAGACAUUCUUGAUCGAGAGACAGCGGGGUCAUACUGGCUGACAGUGUACGCCACAGAUCGGGGCGUUGUGCCACUCUAUUCCUCCAUUGAGGUCUACAUUGAAAUUGAAGAUGUGAAUGACAAUGCCCCACUGACCUCGGAUCCUAUUUAUUACCCUGUCAUCAUGGAAAACUCCCCAAAGGAUGUAUCUGUCAUUCAGAUCCAGGCCGAGGAUCCUGAUUCUAGUUCCAAUGAGAAAUUGACAUACAGGAUUACAAGUGGCAAUCCUCAGAAUUUUUUCACCAUCAAUACCAAAACAGGUCUGAUUACAACAACUUCAAGGAAAUUGGAUCGCGAACAGCAGGCGGAGCAUUUUCUGGAGGUGACCAUAACAGAUGGUGGUUCCUCUCCAAAACAGUCGACCAUCUGGGUGGUGGUUCAGGUUCUGGAUGAAAAUGACAAUAAGCCACAGUUCCCAGAGAAGGUCUACCAGAUCAAGCUGCCAGAACGUGACCGAAAGAAGAGAGGAGAACCCAUUUACAGGGCUUUUGCAUUUGAUAGAGAUGAGGGCCCCAAUGCAGAAAUCUCCUAUAGUAUCGUGGAUGGCAAUGAUGAUGGAAAGUUCUUUAUUGACCCUAAAACUGGCAUGGUUUCUUCCAGAAAGCAAUUUACAGCAGGGAGUUAUGACAUCCUAACGAUAAAGGCAGUGGACAACGGGCGCCCACAGAAAUCCUCCACGGCCCGCCUCCAUAUUGAAUGGAUUAAGAAACCACCCGCUUCACCUAUACCGUUGACCUUCGAUGAGCCGUUUUAUAACUUCACAGUCAUGGAAAGCGAUAGAGUCACUGAGAUUGUGGGUGUGGUGUCUGUGCAGCCAGCUAACACCCCUCUGUGGUUUGACAUAGUUGGUGGCAAGCAUGCUCGAGAGAUGUUCUAUAUUCUACAGACAGCUUGUGGGCAGAACUGUUCAACAGAAGGGGGGAAUUUUGACAGCUCCUUUGAUGCAGAGAAGGGUGUCGGGACCAUUGUCAUUGCAAAACCUUUGGACGCAGAGCAGAGGUCCAUCUAUAAUAUGAGUGUAGAGGUCACCGAUGGGACAAAUGUUGCUGUCACUCAGGUAUUCAUCAAGGUGCUGGAUAAUAAUGAUAAUGGCCCAGAAUUCUCCCAGCCGAAUUACGACGUGACGAUUUCCGAGGAUGUGCUUCCAGAUACAGAGAUAUUGCAGAUCGAAGCCACGGACAGAGACGAGAAGCACAAGCUGAGCUAUACUGUGCACAGUAGCAUCGACUCCAUCAGCAUGAGAAAAUUCCGGAUGGACCCCAGCACUGGAGUGCUCUACACGGCGGAGAGACUGGACCAUGAGGCCCAGGACAAGCACAUUCUCAACAUAAUGGUCAGAGAUCAGGAGUUUCCUUAUAGAAGAAACUUGGCUCGAGUCAUUGUGAAUGUGGAAGAUGCUAAUGAUCACAGUCCUUAUUUCACCAACCCCCUCUAUGAAGCGUCCGUGUUUGAAUCGGCGGCUCUGGGAUCAGCGGUGCUACAAGUGACGGCUCUGGACAAAGACAGAGGGGAGAAUGCGGAGCUCAUCUACUCCAUUGAGGCAGGGAACACGGGGAACACGUUUAAGAUUGAACCGGUCCUGGGCAUCAUCACUGUUUCCAAAGAACCAGACAUGGCAACAAUGGGUCAGUUUGUGCUGUCUGUCAAAGUCACGGAUCAGGGAUCCCCGCCAAUGUCUGCCACUGCAAUUGUGCGCAUUUCUGUCACCAUGUCUGAUAAUUCUCAGCCCAAGUUCAUGCACAAAGACUACCAAGCAGAAGUAAAUGAAAAUGUGGAUAUUGGGACAUCAGUCAUACUAAUCUCUGCCAUCAGCCAGUCUACCCUCAUUUAUGACAUCAAAGAUGGAAACACCAAUGGGAUCUUUACAGUAAAUCCAUACUCUGGAGUUAUCACCACUCGGAAGGCACUGGAUUAUGAGCGUGCAUCCUCUUAUCAGCUCAUCGUGCAGGCCACUAACAUGGCAGGAAUGGCUUCCAAUGCCACAGUCAAUGUUCAGAUUGUUGAUGAAAAUGAUAAUGUCCCUGUUUUUCUCUUUUCUCAAUAUUCAGGCAGCCUAAGUGAGGCUGCCCCAGUCAACAGCAUUGUCAGGAACUUGGAUAAUAGCCCACUGGUGAUUCGUGCCACUGAUGCUGACAGCAACCGGAAUGCUCUGCUUGUGUAUCAGAUUGUGGAGUCCAUGGCCAAGAAGUUCUUCACAGUGGACUCCAGUACGGGUGCAAUCAGAACAAUUGCGAACCUGGACCAUGAAACCAUUGCCCAUUUCCAUUUUCAUGUGCAUGUGAGAGACAGUGGUAGCCCCCAGCUGACUGCAGAGAGUCCCGUUGAAGUCAACAUAGACGUGACAGACGUGAAUGAUAACCCACCUGUUUUCACACAGGCUGUGUUUGAGACUGUCUUGCUUCUACCUACCUAUGUUGGAGUGGAGGUUCUGAAAGUUAGUGCUACAGAUCCUGACUCCGAGGUGCCCCCUGAACUGACAUACAGCCUAAUGGAAGGCAGCUUGGAUCAUUUUCUAAUUGAUUCAAAUAGUGGAGUGCUCACCAUAAAAAACAACAACCUCUCCAAAGAUCACUACAUGCUGAUAGCUAAAGUGUCUGAUGGAAAGUUCUACAGUACGUCUGUGGUCACCAUCUUGGUUAAAGAAGCCAUGGACAGUGGCCUCCACUUUACACAAAACUUUUACUCCACCUCAAUCUCAGAGAACAACACUAACAUAACCAAAGUUGCUAUUGUCAAUGCCGUUGGAAAUCGCCUUAAUGAGCCCCUAAAAUACAGCAUCUUAAACCCAGGAAAUAAGUUCAAGAUAAAAUCUACCUCAGGAGUCAUUCAGACCACUGGAGUGCCCUUUGACCGUGAAGAACAAGAGUUAUUUGAGCUGGUAGUGGAAGCCAGCCGCGAGCUAGACCAUCUGCGGGUGGCUCGGGUGGUGGUCAGGGUUAAUAUCGAAGACAUAAAUGACAAUUCUCCAGUCUUUGUGGGCCUCCCUUACUAUGCUGCUGUACAAGUUGAUGCUGAGCCUGGGACUCUGAUUUACCAGGUGACAGCCAUUGACAAAGAUAAAGGUGCAAAUGGAGAAGUGACCUAUGUCCUACAGGAUGACUAUGGCCACUUUGAAAUUAACCCUAAUUCAGGGAACGUUAUAUUAAAAGAAGCGUUCAACUCCGACUUGUCCAACAUUGAGUAUGGAGUCACCAUCCUAGCCAAGGAUGGUGGAAAACCCCCCUUGUCCACAUCUGUGGAACUUCCCAUCACUGUUGUCAACAAAGCAAUGCCUGUGUUUGACAAACCCUUUUAUACAGCUUCCAUCGAUGAAGACAUCGGAAUGGACACCCCAAUUCUUAGCAUCAAUGCCACCAGUCCAGAAGGCCAAGGCAUCAUAUAUAUCAUUAUUGAUGGGGAUCUUUAUAAACAGUUUAACAUUGACUUUGACACUGGGGUCCUGAAAGUUGUGAGCCCUUUGGAUUAUGAAAUUAUAUCUGCUUACAAGUUGACAGUAAGAGCCAGUGAUGCCCUUACUGGUGCCAGGGCUGAAGUCACCAUUGACUUGUUAGUUAAUGAUAUAAAUGACAACCCCCCUGUUUUCGAUCAACCCAUGUAUAAUACAACAUUAUCAGAAGCAUCUCUUAUUGGGACACCUGUUCUGCAAGUUGUCUCUGCUGAUGCAGAUUCAGAAAACAAUAAACUGGUACAUUAUCAGAUUGUGCAGGAUACUUACAACAGCACAGAUUAUUUUCACAUAGAUAGCACAAGUGGCUUAAUCUUGACAGCACGGAUGCUGGACCAUGAGUUAGUGCAACACUGCACCUUGAAAGUCAGAGCCACAGAUAAUGGCUUCCCAUCACUGAGCAGUGAGGUCUUGGUUCAUAUCUACAUCUCAGACAUAAAUGACAACUCUCCAGUUUUUAAUCAGCUCAUUUAUGAGUCAUAUGUGAGUGAAUUAGCCCCCCGGGGCCAUUUUGUAACUUGUGUUCAAGCCUCUGAUGCAGACAGCUCUGAUUUUGACCGCUUAGAAUAUAACAUUUUAUCUGGGAAUGACCGGACGAGCUUUCUGAUGGACAGUAGGAGUGGGGUCAUCACACUGUCCAACCACCGGAAGCAGCGGAUGGAGCCUCUGUACAGCCUCAAUGUGUCAGUCUCUGAUGGGUUGUUCACCAGCACAGCACAGGUGCAUAUCAGAGUCCUCGGGGCUAACCUGUACAGCCCUGCCUUUUCACAAAGCACCUACGUAGCAGAGGUGAGAGAGAAUGCGGCCAUUGGGACAAAGGUAAUUCAUGUCCGCACCUCGGACGGGGAUCCAGGGAUAUAUGGGCAGAUCAGCUACACCAUCAUCAAUGACUUCGCUAAGGAUCGAUUCCUCAUAGAUAGCAAUGGACAGGUCAUCACAACAGAAAAGCUUGACCGGGAAAACCCUCUGGAAGGGGACAUUAGUAUUUUUUUGAGGGCCCUCGAUGGUGGAGGGAGAACAACUUUCUGCACUGUGAGGGUGAUCGUUGUGGAUGAAAAUGAUAAUGCUCCCCAGUUCGCGACCGUGGAGUACAGAGCCAGCGUCAGGGCCGAUGUGGGAAGGGGCCACCUGGUCACUCAGGUUCAAGCCAUGGAUCCAGACGAUGGAGCAAACUCAAGGAUUACUUAUUCCCUGUAUAGUGAGGCCUCGGUUUCGGUGGCUGACCUCCUAGAAAUCGAUCCUGACAAUGGCUGGAUGGUCACAAAGGGCAAUUUUAACCAGUUGAAGAACACAGUGUUGUCCUUCUUUGUCAAAGCCGUAGAUGGAGGCAUUCCAGUAAAGCACUCUCUCAUUCCUGUCUAUAUCCACGUCGUGCCCCCGGAAACAUUCCUGCCUUCAUUCACCCAGUCUCAGUAUUCUUUCACCGUUUCAGAAGAUACAGCCAUUGGGAGCACAGUAGACACCCUGAGGAUUUUGCCCAGCCAGAAUGUCAGGUUCACCACGGUGAAUGGGGAACGGCCAGAAAAUAACAAAGCAGGUGUCUUCAUCAUAGAACAGGAAACGGGCACAAUCAAGCUCGACAAACGUCUUGAUCAUGAAAUCAGCCCAGCUUUCCACUUUAAAGUAGCAGCCACUAUACCCCUGGACAAGGUGGACAUUGUGUUUACUGUGGACAUAGAUAUCAAGGUGUUGGAUUUGAAUGACAAUAAGCCAGUCUUUGAAACUUCAAGCUACGAGGCCAUCAUCAUGGAAGGGAUGCCUGUUGGCACCAAGCUCACCCAGGUGCGAGCCAUUGAUACAGACUGGGGAGCCAACGGGCAGGUCACUUAUUCCCUCCACUCGGAUUCCCAGCCCGAAAAGAUAAUGGAAGCGUUCAAUAUUGAUAGCAACACAGGCUGGAUCAGUACCUUGAAGGACCUGGAUCACGAGACAGACCCUGCAUUCACCUUCUCUGUGGUGGCCUCUGACCUGGGAGAAGCCUUCUCCCUUUCCUCCACAGCUCUGGUUUCUGUCAGGGUGACAGAUAUAAAUGACAACGCUCCAGUCUUUGCCCAUGAGGUUUACCGAGGGGACGUGAAGGAGAGCGACCCUCCGGGCGAGGUGGUAGCUGUCCUCAGCACCUGGGACAGAGACACCUCCGACAUUAAUCGCCAAGUGAGCUACCAUAUUACAGGAGGGAACCCCCGGGGAAGGUUUGCUCUGGGCCUGGUGCAGAGCGAGUGGAAGGUCUAUGUGAAGAGACCUCUAGAUAGAGAAGAACAAGACAUUUACUUCCUCAAUAUCACUGCCACCGAUGGGCUUUUUGUCACACAGGCCAUGGUGGAAGUGACUGUCAGUGAUGUGAAUGACAAUAGCCCAGUGUGUGACCAGGUUGCAUAUACAGCAUUGUUUCCUGAAGACAUCCCAUCAAAUAAAAUAAUCCUGAAGGUCAGUGCCAGGGAUGCUGAUAUCGGAUCCAAUGGAGAUAUACAGUACUCACUGUAUGGACCUGGAGAUGAUGAAUUUUUUCUAGAUCCAGAAAGUGGUGAGUUAAAAACGUUGGCUCUGUUGGACCGGGAGAGGGUACCUGCAUACAGCCUGAUUGCCAGGGCCACCGACGGGGGUGGCAGGUUUUGCCAGUCCAACAUCCGCCUGAUCCUGGAAGAUGUGAACGAUAACCCCCCUGUGUUUUCUUCUGAUCACUACAACACCUGUGUCUAUGAGAACACAGCCCCCAAGGCCCUGCUGACCAGAGUCCAAGCCAUGGAUCCCGAUGUUGGCAUCAACAGGAAGGUCGUGUACUCCCUCGCCAGCUCAGCCGAUGGCUUCUUCUCCAUUGACGGCUCUUCUGGCAUCAUUGUCCUGGAGCAGCCGCUGGACCGAGAACAGCAGUCCUCCUACAACAUCAGCGUGCAGGCUGCCGACCAGAGCCCAGGACGGGCUCUGUCCUCUCUUGCCACCGUCACCAUCACUGUCCUGGACAUUAAUGACAACCCACCUAUGUUUGAGAGGAGAGACUACCUGGUGACAGUGCCUGAGGACACCUCCCCUGGCACCCAGGUCCUUGCUGUCUUUGCCACCAGCAAAGAUAUCGGCACAAAUGCUGAGAUUACAUACCUCAUCCGGUCCGGGAAUGAGCAAGGGAAAUUUAGAAUCAACCCAAAGACAGGGGGUAUUUCUGUCUCUGAAGUCCUGGACUAUGAACUAUGCAAAAAGUUUUACCUGGUGGUGGAAGCCAAAGACGGGGGCACCCCAGCUCUCAGCGCUGUGACCACUGUCAGCAUCAACCUCACAGAUGUGAAUGACAACCCCCCCAAGUUCAGCCAAGAUGUCUACAGUGCUGUUAUAAGUGAGGAUGCAUUGGUCGGAGACUCUGUUAUUUCGCUAAUAGCAGAAGAUGCAGACAGCCAGCCCAACGGACAGAUUCAUUUUUCCAUUGUGAAUGGAGAUCGGGACAACGAAUUUGCUGUGGAUCCUGUCUUGGGACUUGUGAAAGUUAAGAAGAAAUUAGACCGGGAACGGGUGUCUGGAUACUCCCUGCUGGUCCAGGCAGCAGACAGUGGCAUUCCCACGAUGUCAUCAACUGCCACUGUCAACAUUGAUAUUUCUGAUGUGAAUGACAACAGCCCACUCUUUACACCUGCUAACUACACCGCUGUGAUUCAGGAAAAUAAGCCAGUCGGCACCAGCAUUUUGCAGCUGGUGGUGACAGACAGAGACUCCUUUCACAACGGGCCUCCCUUCUCGUUCUCUAUCCUGUCGGGAAAUGAAGAGGAGGACUUCCUCUUGGACUCUGGCGGGAUCCUGCGCUCGGCCGUGGUCUUCCAGCACACGGGCUCCCCGGAAUACGUGCUGUGUGUCCAGGCAAAAGACUCAGGCAAACCUCAGCAAGUUUCUCUCUCUUACAUCCGCGUGAGGGUCAUCGAGGAAAGUAUCCACAAGCCCACAGCCAUCCCCCUGGAAAUUUUCAUUGUCACCAUGGAGGAUGACUUUCCUGGUGGGGUCAUUGGGAAGAUCCAUGCCACAGAUCAAGACAUGUAUGAUGUGCUCACGUUUGCCCUAAAAUCAGAGCAGAAGAGCUUGUUUAAAGUCAACAGUCACGAUGGGAAAAUCAUCGCCCUGGGAGGCCUGGACAGUGGCAAGUACAUCCUGAAUGUGUCUGUGAGUGACGGCCGCUUCCAGGUGCCCAUUGAUGUGGUUGUGCACGUGGAGCAGCUGGUGCACGAGAUGCUGCAGAACACAGUCACCAUCCGCUUUGAGAACGUGUCCCCCGAGGACUUCGUGGGGCUGCACAUGCAUGGGUUCCGGCGCACCCUGCGGGCUGCCGUCCUCACCCAGAAGCAGGACAACCUGCACAUCAUCAGCAUCCAGCCCGUCACGGGCACCAACCAGUUGGACAUGCUGUUUGCCGUGGAGAUGCACAGCAGUGAGUUCUACAAGCCAGCCUACCUGAUCCAGAAGCUGUCCAACGCCAGGAGACACCUGGAGAACGUCAUGCGCAUCUCUGCCAUCCUGGAGAAGAACUGCUCAGGGCUGGACUGUCAGGAGCAGCACUGCGAGCAGGGCUUGUCGCUGGAUUCCCACGCACUCAUGACCUACAGCACAGCUCGCAUCAGCUUUGUGUGCCCGCGUUUCUACAGGAACGUGCGCUGCACAUGUAACGGAGGACUGUGUCCGGGGUCCAACGAUCCUUGCAUGGAGAAGCCGUGUCCAGGGGACAUGCAGUGUGUCGGUUACGAAGCCAGCAGGAGACCGUUUCUCUGCCAGUGUCCACCAGGGAAGCUCGGAGAGUGCUCAGGGCACACUUCUCUCAGCUUUGCUGGAAACAGUUACAUCAAAUACCGGCUUUCUGAAAACAGCAAAGAAGAGGACUUUAAGCUAGCUCUGCGUCUGAGGACCCUGCAAAGCAAUGGGAUUAUAAUGUACACCAGAGCAAAUCCCUGCAUGAUUCUGAAGAUCGCAGACGGCAAGCUGUGGUUCCAGCUGGACUGCGGCAGCGGCCCGGGUAUCUUGGGUAUCUCGGGCCGCGCGGUCAACGACGGGAGCUGGCACUCGGUCUUCCUGGAACUCAACCGCAAUUUCACAAGCCUGUCCCUGGACGACAGCUACGUGGAACGGCGCAGGGCGCCCCUCUACUUCCAGACGCUGAGCGCCGAGAGUACCAUCUACUUCGGGGCGCUGGUGCAGGCGGAUAACAUCCGCAGCCUGACGGACACGCGGGUCACGCAGGUGCUGAGCGGCUUCCAGGGCUGCCUGGACUCGGUGGUGCUGAAUUACAACGAACUGCCGCUGCAGAACAAGCGCAGCAGCUUCGCCGAGGUGGUGGGCCUGACCGAGCUGAAGCUGGGCUGCGUACUGUACCCGGACGCCUGCGAGCGCAGCCCGUGCCUGCACGGCGGCAGCUGCGCCGGCCUGCCCUCCGGGGGCUAUCAGUGUACCUGUCUCUCACAGUUCACCGGGAGAAACUGUGAAUCAGAGAUCACAGCCUGCUUCCCCAACCCCUGCCAGAAUGGAGGUUCCUGCGACCCCAUAGGAAACACGUUCAUCUGCAGCUGCAAAGCUGGGCUCACUGGAGUCACGUGUGAGGAAGACGUGAACGAGUGUGAGCACGAGGAGUGCGAGAACGGCGGCGCGUGCGUCAAUGUGUUCGGCUCCUUCGUGUGUAACUGCACACCUGGCUUCGUGGGCCAGUACUGUGGGCUGCGUCCCGUCGUGGUGCCCAACAUCCAGGCCGGCCACGCAUACGUGGGCAAGGAGGAGCUCAUCGGCAUCGCUGUGGUCCUCUUUGUCAUCUUCGCCCUCAUCGUCCUGUUCAUCGUCUUCCGCAAGAAGGUCUUCCGCAAGAGCUACUCGCGCAACAACAUCACGUUGGUGCAGGACCCCGCCACGGCCGCGCUGCUGCACAAGAGCAACGGCGUCCCGUUCCGGGGCCUGCGGGGCAGCGGGGAUGGCCGCAACGUCUACCAGGAGGUGGGGCCCCCACAGGUGCCCGUGCGCCCCAUGGCCUACACCCCAUGCUUCCAGAGCGACUCCAGGAGCAACCUGGACAAGAUAAUGGACGGUCUUGGGGGCGAGCACCAGGAGAUGACCACGUUUCACCCGGAGUCGCCCCGCAUCCUGACAGCCAGGCGGGGUGUAGUCGUGUGCAGUGUGGCCCCCAACCUUCCCGCCGUGUCACCCUGCCGCUCAGACUGCGAUUCCAUCCGGAAGAAUGGCUGGGACGCGGGAACUGAAAACAAAGGGGUUGAUGACCCGGGAGAAGUGACCUGCUUUGCAGGCAGUCAUAAAGGCAGCAACUCUGAAGUUCAGUCCCUGAGCUCCUUCCAGUCCGAUUCUGGUGACGACAAUGCAUCCAUAGUGACUGUCAUUCAGCUUGUCAACAAUGUAGUUGACACUAUAGAGAAUGAAGUGACUGUCAUGGAUCAAGGACAGAACUACAACCGAGCCUAUCACUGGGACACCUCUGACUGGAUGCCGGGCGCCCGCCUGUCGGACAUAGAGGAAGUGCCCAACUAUGAGAACCAGGAAGGGAGCUCUGUGCCCCAGGGCAGCACACGCGAGCUGGAGAGUGAUUACUACCUGGGCGGCUAUGACAUCGACAGCGAGUACCCACCGCCUCCGGAAGAGGAGUUCCUGAAUCAGGACCAGCUGCCCCCACCCCUGCCGGAGGACUUCCCAGACCAAUACGAGGCCCUGCCGCCCUCCCAGCCUGUCUCCUUGGCCAGCACCCUGAGCCCAGACUGCAGGAGACGACCGCAGUUCCACCCCAGCCAGUACCUCCCUCCCCACCCAUUCCCCAAUGAAACGGACCUGGUGGGCCCGCCUGCUGGCUGUGAAUUUAGUACUUUUGCCGUGAGCGUGAACCAGGGCCCUGAGGCAACAAACCCAGCAGGCAGUGUGUCCCUCUCCUUGCACAAUUCCAGAGGCACAUCGUCCCUGGAUGUGUCAGCUAACUGCGGCUUUGAUGACUCCGAAGUGGCCAUGAGUGACUACGAAGGUGUGGGAGAGCUCAGCCUCGCCAGCCUGCACAUUCCCUUCAUCGAGACCCAGCACCAGACACAGGUGUAGAGGGGGCGCCCCGGGAGCUUUGCCCUGUUUGUUAGGGGAAGCAGGAGACUGGCUGGGCUCACGUCUCCAUAGAGAGGAGCGUGUUGAGCCAGGAGGAAAGACGGUAUUUUCCGCCAGGAACCACUUCACAAGUCAUACAGUCACAAGCAAGCUCGACUCCACUUGGGUGACAAGGAACCGCUUAGAAAUAGUCUCUGGGAGGUGACAGAUAACCCUUGCAACUUGUCCCUGGGUUCAGGACCAAGAAUGCGUGCUGAGUUUUUAAAGGGGAGAAUAAAUUUCACUCGCUGAGUUACACAGUCUAUCUUGUGUGGCUUUGUGCAGUAUUGUGCCCUGAAAAGUGUUACAGCAUCAGUUCUUACAGUAUUCAUAAUCGGCAACAGGCAGAAAGGCAUUGUUGCAUGUAAGUUUGAGCCAUUGUGGGGGAAAUGAAAAUAGUAGUUAUGAUUGUUGGAAAAGUAUAGUCUUGUAGGCAAAAGAAAAAAGAAAUAUUAUAAAACAAAUAAGAAAAUGGGCUAAAGCCUUUAAAAUCAACUCUUAUUUUAUUAUUAUUAUUAUUUUUUUUUUAGUAAGCUGCCCAAUUUUCAGCUAUAAAACUAGAUUUGGGUAACAUGGUUAGUAUGCCUAGUUAUUUUUGUUUGUUUGUGUUAAGCAUCCAAUAUAGUAUAGUUGGAUCUUAAGAUCUUUGAGAAGGGUAUCAAUGAAGAGGAAUGUAAGGAUAUUUGGGUUCCAUUUUGUGGGUUGGGAAGAAAGUUAACAUUGUUCCAACAGUAAAAAGAAUGUGAUUAUCUGUUUUCAUGUUUUCCAGCAAAUAUUCCUGCUGUAGCUACAAUUUAUCAUUGCUGCAGAAAUAGGCCUUUGUUCUAAGAAUCAGGAAAUGAAAAGAAAAAAUAUAUAGUAGUAUUUUGGUACAUUGUUCUCUCAAAUGAGGUGUUUUGGAGGUUUAAGAAUUCACAGACUCCGAUAAAAAUAGAAAAUGUGAUACGUUCAAAGUUUUCAGCCAGAUAAUCACAAUUCUUGAUAAUGCAGAUAAAAUUUGACUGUUAUUCUAAACUGGUAGCCUCAUCACUAUAAAUGCAAUUACAUUUUAAAAAAGCAAGAAGUAGAUUAGUUCUUGUCUAUAAAUUAUGAUAGUGUGUAUGUCUGGGCCUAUGUACAAAUACGUGCUUGCACUCCGUAAGGCUGCUCUUGAGGGAGGCUAACGUAAAGGUUUUAGGAUAUGGACUGUGUUGAAAAUCCUGCCAGCAAGGCAGAACUUCCAAUUUCUCUGAUCUCUAUGAUGAUAGAGAAACACCAGAUGCCAUAUUUUACUCCGGUUCAGUUAACUUUAUUUUGGUACUGCCAUUUAUAUUAACAUAAAGCAAAACUGUACUUUUUAAAAAAUAAUAUUUUGUUACAGUUUUCCAGAACUAAACUCUUAUUUGAAAAAUGUGUAAUGUUCAAUUACACCCUAGGGUUCUCCUCUCAUCUGACAUGUGGGCUUUGACCGUAAGUUUCCAAAAUUGACAGGGAAAUCAGUCCACUGGAAAUACAGUAACCCAAUACUCAAAGCUUAAAGCUGACAAGUUGAGUGACUUUGCUCUUUGCUUCAAUCACAUUAUGGCCGUGUGCACAGUGGCCAUGGUAAAUAAAUGCAUAUUUGCACUAUCUGCUUCAUGAGCAAAUCUCUGUGUCCACAGUUUCUGAUAUGGCAUUGGUGUAUAAAUUGUACUGUCUUGAGCCUGUGUAUUGUCCACUCAGACAUAUUUUUAGUUGUUUCAGUUGUGUUUAAUACACUUCAUUGUCAGAGUCAGUGUUUCUCAAGUCUGUCGUGAUGAAAUUCCUUUUCAUUCCUAAGCUUCCUGAGUACAAGGAUACACUUCACUGAUUUUUCAGCAUUUCUCCUCUUCCUGUCUCUUGGUCGGACCUACUCAUGGAAGCAUUAUCCGCACUGUGAUCUUGAAAUAAAUGAAUUUCACUAAGGCUGCUUUUGAGAAUAAAGUCUUUGGUAUUUUUCUUAUAUAAGAAGCACACUUGCAGGAAUCACAGAGAAAAUGGCGAACUAAUGGUCUAGAAGAGAAUCACAGCUAUGCUUUUAUUAAUGCAAUGACAUAAAAACCAUCAAAGUAAAACCAACAAUUCAUUUCUUGCCCCCAGGAAAUAGCAGGACGAGAUUAAUGCCAAUGAGUCACUGCUGCUUACACAGCAUCUCCGUGAGGUGCAAUGCCUGGCUGACACAAAUGAAGGAAUAAAUAGAUUCUAAUGUGGUUGUGAAGUCACCCAAGAAAUUUUACCCACUCUUUGCUCUGACCUAUAAAAAAAAAAAUACCUCUUUCUUCAGGAUAUCUUCCCCUGGUUUUCUACAGAAUAGCUCUGCAGCUAAAUGUAUACCAGACAAGCAUGUGUUAUGUUUUGAUACAGUACCUUCAAACACAUGAUACCUUGUCACUUUUUGAAUAAUUAGAUUUCCCUAUAGAUUACAAAAUGGUUUGCAGUAAUCUUGCAGGCCAAAAAGUGGGAUGGCCACAGAUUCAGAGCCAGAAGAUCCUUAAGAUCUGCUUGCCCAAUCCCCUUCUUUUAUGAAGAGGAAACGUGGCCAGAUCGGGGAAGGGACUUGCCCAAGCUCACACAGGAACUUAAGUAGCUGAAUAAGGAAUAGAGCCCAUCCUUUUGGCCAAUAUUCCUUCUAAACAACAUUGCUCACCACUAAACUGCGUGGGGCAUGGUACCUGUCUGCUUCUGCUAGACCUUCUGAUUCCCACCAUUCCUGCUUUGAAAUAUGCCAGAAAAGAGAUCUCAGGGAGAAUAUUUCUCCAGAAGCCUCACGAUCUCAUGUUUCUCUGCCAUCCCUGUAGGAAACAUGCAGUAACAGAAUCCAGGCAUUUCUUUGGACAUUCAUGAAAGUGCUGCUUUUGCCAAGUGAAUGUUUUCUAAAAUAAGGAUAUAAUGAUAAUUACAGAAUGGAACUCAGACCAGUCAUCAAUUAUAGUGCAACAAUGAUUGAAAUAUCACUUUUUGGGUGCAUUUUUGGCUUUUUUCCCCCUUCUGAUCCUGGUGUUUGUUCCUACCCCCUCAAUCAUGUUGAGCCAUGUGAAAAAUGUUUUAGCCAAUUAGUGUCGUUGCCUUUUUCCUAGCACUUAUAUGCUACCUCCUGGAAGCCAUUUUCCAUAGCCUGUUUGUAGGCACUUUACUUGUCUUGCACACAUUAUGGUCAGGCUGACAGCAGCUGGACUGUUGACAUUUGUCAUACAGUAGCAGAAGUUAUGGGGCUGUAUAAGAUGAAAAAAGUAGGAGUUUAAUUUAUUUGCUUUCUUCUACAAGUAUUUUGUUGCUGAGUUCCAGUCCAUGCUAGCUUUCCAUGUACUCACAUCCUGUCCUUUCAUGAAAUGCCCCUGUAUAAGACUUAGGAACAGGAACAGGUUAAGUCUAUGCAUCUGAGGUUUACCCAGUCAGACAAUCAGUGUGAAGGCCUGGAAAGAGGAUUUAUGAUGCAUUCCUGGAACUUACUUAGCACUGCCCUUGGGAAUCACUAGCACCAUCUGGGGAAAUAAAAGCAAGUAAAAUACACAUACCAUUGGCCAAGUCCUGCUGACUCGCCACCCCCAAUAAUGCUGUGUCUACAUAAUAAUCAAAGUCAGGGGAACUGAGAAAAGAGAUUAUCAAAAUAAAUCAUUGAAGACCCAGGAAACACUCCCAUUUGAAAUCAUUCCCAGAGACCUAGUGUUCAUUUUGCAGGGGUUGCCCGGCUAAUGGUCUAGUUUCUUCACUCUGCUACCCUCCCAGUGCCCAGAUAUUGCUAAAGUGGUUAGACUUUUCUGUUUUCUGUUUUCUCCUUUCAAACCAUGAGAAGUGGAGAUUUGAAGAGGCAUUUCUUCAGAGUCAUCAUUUUGUGUGGUCUAUGAGAAGGUGGUUAUGUGUUCUUGCUGGGGUUUGUCCUGCAAUAAUCAACUGCACAUGAUGCUGGUGAAAAUCCACAAUGCCUUUAAGCUUCUGGUUGGAUCGUUCUAGGGUUUAAAGUCACCAUUUGUGGGCCUGGCAUCAGUUAAUAUUUAGCCAGCUGGCUAAGAGAUAGUAAAAGAAUACGAUUUUCUUUCCUUAUGUAAUAAUGAAAAGCAAUAAUUACAAGUAUGUAAUAUUACACAAAGGCCAUAAUUAGUCUCUUCCAAUGUUUAGGAUGCACUAGAGAAGCGUAGAGUUAUGUGGAGCUUGUUUGAACCCAUUCGUAUGUACUGUAGUGCCCUUCCAGCAAACGAAAACCUGAAUCGCUACUAUUAACAACUUUAUGAGCCCAUACUACUGCAUUUUGGGAGGUGACAGAUGUGUUCGGAAAUGGAAACAGUUCUUUUUAAGCACUGUAUCAGAGAGAUUGUCUUGUAAAUUUACCUGUUACAAACAGGCUGGUUUGUAAAAGAUGUAUGUUUUUGGUGUUUAAAAUGUUUAUAAAAUUGUAUAUAAUGGUUUCAAUUUUCCAGGCUUUUGUAGAUAACUGACUGUAUUUGAUGCCUAUCAGGAUGCUUUGAUUUGGGGGUGGGGGGAUUAAAUAGAAUUCUAAGUCAUCCAUGCUGUUGGUCUGCAAACUUUUGAAGUAACUACACACACAUGCACCAACGAUUUUCUAUUUGAAAAUGGUGUUUUUUUAGUAAUUUCAAAAUGUACUGGAACCUUUCUUCGGUUUCUUCUGUUUUCACUUCACUCUGUUUCCAAGAAAAUGUUUUUUAUUGACAUUUUUUUUUAAACGAGUGUGUUCUGCCCAGUUACCAAGGACCUGAUUUGUAUGCCAUUUCAGAUUCAGAUGGCAUGUAUCAUUUCUUCAUACACCUGUGCACCCACCUGAACUUGCACACACAUCACACACCAAACUUAUGCAAAGGGGAGAGUGAGCGCUACAAGUGAACCUUGUCCCUUAUGGAAAUGGAUCAUUUCUGCAUAUAUUGCUGUUGGCAGUAUUCAGUCUUGUGUUCUUUUUCUAGAAAAUGAAAGAAAAACCAACAAAAAACAAAAAAUGACAGCAAAAAAAAAAAAAAACCCCAACAGUGUACAGGUUUGUAACUGCCAAAAAUUUGAUGAUUAAAACAAGUUUUCUAGUAAAAAGAAAAAAAAGGAAUGUAACAAUUGUGUGUACUCUUCUUACGUGUUUCCUGUAAUUUGUCUUCCGUUGACUGCUCACAGGUCACUUAGGUGGUCAUGGUCUUGUUUUGCAGAGGAUAAGGGGCUCUUUCAGAGGCUCUACCUCCAGAAACAUUUCCAUUGGUUCUG